AUGACGACGAUCAGUGAAUUUCCACCAUUCUACACACAGCAGCCGAAUGGCACUACACUAUCCCAGCAACUUAGUCUGUGGCAGAGGCACAUACUCGCAACAUGCAAGCAGCGGCGGCAGUUCAAAUUGAGUUAUAGCGAUGACAUAUGGGCGAAUGACAAGAUAAAGCGGGCUGCGUCCAAGGAUUUUAUCGGUGCUAUCCUCGAAUCAAUCGUUAAGGACGGUGUAGCUGCGUUUACAGAUGCGAGUAAAGAUAGCGUCUGGGUGUACUGGAGAAGCUUAGCUGAAUGGUCUGAAAUUGUUUACGACUACGCGAGUACAGCCAUCUGA